UAAAAAUAACAAAACUUUUGAUUAUUAUAACAUGGUUGUGCGUGUUUGUCUAGAUUUUUGUGUCAAAAUGAGGUGAUUGUGGGUGAAAAACAAUGGUUGGUGUUGAAAUGAUAAUUUACAUUGAUUAUUUACUAUUAGGCAUAUUGGUGUUCCUCUCGGUGUUCGCAUGCAGUUACUGCAUCUUCCGCGUCUACCAGCUCAGGAGGAAUGGGCAGCUAUCGUCUACCAAUUUCGGUGCGGUGCUGAGGCCCACAAAAGUGAUGUUCUCACACAGACAAGAAGGAGAGAGCGAGCAGUUACGCACCGUUGUGGCGUAUCGAAACCCGUUCACGGGAGACUACUGCGUGGCCAAGAGCCGAGAGCCCCAGGGCUUCGUGAACGCGCCGCCGGAGUCCCCCGACAGCGGGCUCUCCGACGAGUACGAGCCGCUGCACCUGGAGCCGUGUGCGCAGGUCAACCUGCCUGACGGGAGUGACUUGGACAAGCUUGUCCGUAGAGAAGAGAAUCUGAAGGUCCCAGAGGAGCCGAUCUACGACAACAGCGUAAAUAAAUCGUGGAAUUGGAACUACAAAGAGUAUCAAAUAUAACUCAAUUACACCUAAGUAUUAAUUAAUGUAUUUUAUAUUUAGAAAAUCUUGUAUGAGAUUUUUAAUUUGUGCCAAAAACAAGAUAAAAUGUAGGUACUUAUUGCAUUGAGACAAAGCGGUCAAUAAACGCGAUUUACUUUUGUUGAGCAUCAAAAUAUUUCUAAAAUAAUUUUGUUGUCCGCAGCUCCGAGCGCGGUAGCUUAUGUUUGACCUCGGGUCAUUUACUAAAUCUAUUCCAAUUUCAUGAAAAUCGGCCCAGAGCGAGAUAGCCGAAAAAGAGAGAGAGACAACAUUUGCAACCAUAAUAUGAAUGAACUAAUAUAAAGGUACAUGUAAAAAACUUAACUUACUCUUGUAACUUGUGUUUUGGGUAACUGUUAAUUUGAUAGCCUUUGUUAACGUUAUGAAAUUCAAAUUAUAAAUAACGUUAAAUAAUGUUAUAUCCUUUAAGUACCUAACAAUCUGUAAAGAAAGUGACUAAAAUUACCAAUUUAAGUUUUUUGUUAUUACAAUUUAAUUGUCAUCCAAACUAAACGGGUGAAUGGUUGAAAUUUUACUUGAUACUUGCAAGUAUGGCCCACAGUACACACUAAUAAUAAUUAUAACAGCAAGUUAAAUCACAGGUUGUAAACAGAGCUAGGUAAAUAAUUGCUUGUAAAUAUAAAGGAGCUAUUAAAUCAGUGACUUGACCUCAUAAUUUUAUCUCUUAAAAUAUUCCAAUUUAGAAAAUCGAUCAAUAUUUUUCCGGUGCUAUUCACGACAUAAAUAUUAAUAUUAAUUAUUCUGUACGAUAUCACCAACUCAUGACUUUGUGAUUGGUAGGUAAUAUGUUAUUAUAAAAGUAUAUUAUGAAAUUAGUGACGUAAUUUUACGAGCCAAUGUGUUAAAAUAUUUAACCAUAUUAUAUGAAGAGUAUUUUUAUUAAUUUCGUUAAACGUAAUAUGAUAAUUUUAAUUAUUCACGGUUGUUGAUAAUUGUUUUUGAAAAUUAAUAAAAUAAUGAAU